GUCGCGCGCGUUCCCGGCCGCUGCGGGCUCCAAGGCCGAGGAGGAAAGACUGCGAGACGGCCGCGGCUGCGGCUAGAGGUUGGAGUCAGGCACAGAGUGAACCAGCAAUGGAAGACAAAAUACCUCACACUGUUUGACUGCCUGUGAAGAUGAUUGUUUAUUUUUGUGACAGACAGCUGUGGGAUCUGUAAUAGAAAUGAUGGCUGGCUGUGGUGAAAUUGAUCACUCAAUAAACAUGCUUCCUACGAACAGGAAAGCGAAUGAGUCCUGUGCGAAUACUACACCUUCUCUAACUGUCCCUGAAUGUGCCAUUUGUCUGCAAACAUGUGUUCACCCAGUCAGUCUGCCUUGUAAGCAUGUUUUCUGCUAUCUGUGUGUAAAGGGAGCUUCAUGGCUUGGAAAGCGAUGUGCCCUCUGUCGACAAGAAAUCCCUGAAGAUUUCCUUGACAAGCCAACCUUAUUGUCACCAGAAGAACUCAAGGCCGCGAGUAGAGGAAAUGGUGAAUAUGCAUGGUAUUACGAAGGAAGAAAUGGGUGGUGGCAGUAUGAUGAGCGCACUAGUAGAGAACUGGAAGACGCUUUUUCCAAAGGUAAAAAGAGCACUGAAAUGUUAAUUGCUGGGUUUCUGUAUGUUGCUGAUCUUGAAAAUAUGGUUCAGUACAGGAGAAAUGAACAUGGACGUCGCAGGAAGAUUAAGCGGGAUAUAAUAGAUAUACCAAAGAAGGGAGUAGCUGGACUUAGGCUGGACUGUGACGCUAAUACCGUAAACCUAGCGCGAGAGAGCUCUGCCGACGGAGCGGACAGCGUAUCAGCACAGAGUGGAGCUUCUUCCAUUCAGUCUCUAGUGUCUUCUGUAAGGCCCCUGACAUCAGUAGAUGGUCAGUUAACAAGCCCUGCAACACCAUCCCCUGAUGCAAGCACUUCUCUGGAAGACUCUUUUGCUCAUUUGCAGCUCAGCGGAGACAGCAUAGCUGAAAGGAGUCAUAGGGGGGAAGGAGAAGAAGAACGUGAAUCGCCAUCUUCAGGCAGGGUACCGGCACCAGACACUUCCAUUGAAGAAACCGAAUCAGAUGCCAGUAGUGAUAGUGAGGAUGUAUCUGCGCUUGUUCCACAACACUCCUUGACGCAACAGAGACUUUUAGUUCCUAAUGCAAACCAGACAGUAUCUGAUCGAUCAGAUCGAUCAGUAACUGAUCUGUCAGCAGCAGGGGGUGGAACAGUGAAUGCUGGUGUCAGAUCUAGAAGGCCCGAUGGACAGUGCACAGUAACUGAAGUUUAAAGCCUUCCGCUCCAUGCUCAAAGUUAAAAUGGUUAUCUGUAAAUUUCUGCCCACAUAACAUUAUACUCAUCCCUGGUAGUGCAUUUUUGGGAGUUGGGGUGGGAAAGGGUAUGGGGAGGACAGACUUGUAAUUAAAAUGUCUAACAUGUCUGUUGAGGAAUUUAUUUAAUAUAAGGAACUUUGGCGUUAAUAGUUGAGAGCGGUUUAGUAAUAACCCAGUUUUCUUGAAGUCUGUUUAUUUUAUAUAUUUUUAAAAUUUCUUCAAUUCUUUUGGCCAACAUGUGUGUAUUAUCUGUGCAUUAACAGUCCUCAUCUGACUCUUGCGUUGUGUCUUAUUUUUCUGCAUGGAUUGACAUAGAACCAUAACUCAGAUUUGGCAUCUAUGAGAUGUUGGUAUUGGUAUGAACAGGAAGCUUAAUUAAUGUGAGAAUAAAUGUGAAUUUGGGAUUUUAAAAUAGAUGAAUAACAGCUAUUAAAUACUAAAGUUACUGAAAUGGAAAUGUAAAGAAAACAGCUAAUAACUCAUGUUUCAGAAUCUUGUCUGUAACAUACUUCACGGCGUUUCCCAUAGGCUUUGCUGUGUAGUCCUUGUAGUUUGAGGUUUCUCUUGACCUGCAUUUUUCUUUUUGAUUACAGAAUUUAUAAUUUAAUAAAUACUAGAGUUUAUCAAAAAAUAAUUUGUCUGUUGUUUGCGUCUGGAAAGAGGAUGGAAACAUUUUGACAUUUGCGGCCAAAGGUCAGUAAACAGGUGGUGGUUUGAAAUGGUUGUAUUCAGCUUAGUCACCUACUCAGGAAAGUUUUUUCAGAGAAUAUUUAAACAGAAUCUACAAGCAAUUGCAUGGAAUAAGUAUGUAUGGAAAUAAACCUAAAGCUCGUGAGACUUGAAUUUCUUAUAUAACUGAUAGUAGAGACCAUACAUAUUGGAUUUUCAUUGCCAGUCUUCACUAGUGGUCUGAUACUAAUUAAAUGGUAGGCUUAUUUGUAAACAGCAUUAGUAGACACAAAUUUACUUUACAUAAAAUGUAGAAUUUGUGGUAAAAUAGGAAGUCUUGGGUUAACUUGGUAAUCCAGAAUUUGUUUCUGAAAAAUGGUAAUGUGAGUUUGUCUUAAUAUAUUUAACUCAAAACAGUAGGAUCGUGUUAAAGCAUAUACAAGUUAUUUUUAAUAUGUUUUUCAAAUGUGAAUUGAAUGUUACCAUAGCAAAUAAAAACUGUCCUUACGCUGAAAGUA